AAAACAUGUGAUUCAAUACAACUGUAAUAUUGGAUCCGUUGAUACAAAUUGUGACAAAUUUAUGAUUUAAUGGUAAAUAAAAUCUGAAUUGUAAUUAGAUUUGAGGAUCAGUUGAAGUGAUGUCGAGGGGAACCACAGAAACGCAACAAUUGAAGACCAAUCUGGAGGACCAGUUGGACCGACUCGUCGCUCAAUUGGCUGAUCUCGAGGAAUGCAAGGUUGACUUAGACAGCGAUGAAUACGAAGAGACAAAGAAGGAGACAUUGGAACAGUUGGAAGAAUUCAGUCAAUCCUUGUCUGCCAUGAAGUGUGGAAAUAUGACUUUAAUCGAUGACUUGAAUUCAAUGCAAUUGGCAAUUCAAGCGGCUAUUAGUCAAGCGUUUCACACCCCAGAAGUGAUUCGUCUGUUUGCCAAACGACAACCCGAUCAGCUCAGGAUCAGAUUGGCUCAGAUCGAAAGGGACUCAAAGAUCGGCAAACUAUCGCUUGAAGUGUAUGUCCAGCAAAAAGUGGAGAUUUUGAUUGCAUUGAGAAAAUUAGGCGACUCUUUGCAAACAAAUGAAAGUGAUUUUCUGCACAACAAUGCGUCCGACGCUCUCAAAGAGUUUGAGAGAGUGACUGACCAACAAAUGGCAAUCCUCGACUGCGGCGCCCAAUACGGGAAGUGCAUCGACCGUCGGGUCCGCGAACUCUUUGUCGAGUCUCAGAUCCUUCCGCUCAACACUUCCCACCAGAAGCUGCUGUCCGACGGAUACAAAGCUAUCAUCAUAUCUGGAGGUCCGGGCAGUGUAUACGCGACCGACGCUCUGGCCUACGAUCCGGAGAUCUUCAAAAUCGGUUUACCAGUUCUGGGCAUUUGCUAUGGAAUGCAAAUGUUGAACAAAGAGUUCGGCGGUUCUGUCCAUCGCAAGGACGCUCGCGAAGACGGACAGUUCGCUAUCAAUGUGGACACAAAUUCGCCACUUUUUCGAAACUUAGAGCCGAGCCAAGAGGUGCUCUUAACUCACGGCGAUUCUGUGAAUCAGGUCGCCGAUGGUUUCAAAGUGAUUGGAAAGUCGAGCCUUAUUGUCGCGAUCGCCAACGAGAAGCUGAGAUUAUAUGGAAUGCAAUUCCAUCCGGAAGUAGAUCUGACCACAAAUGGCAAAGAGAUGUUGAAGAACUUCUUGUACGAUAUCUCGGGUUUGAGCGGCACUUUCACAAUGCAGUCGCGAGAGACUGAAUGCAUUGAUUACAUUCGCAAAACUGUUGGAAACAACAAAGUCUUAAUGUUAGUCAGCGGUGGUGUGGACUCAACGGUUUGCGCGGCAUUACUACAUAAGUCACUAAAAGAAGAUCAAGUGAUUGCUUAUCACAUCGAUAACGGGUUUAUGCGAAAGAAUGAGAGCCUAGCGGUCGAAAAGUCAUUGAAAGACGUCGGACUCAAACUUAAUGUGAUUGACGCCUCGUAUCAGUUCUAUAACGCGACGACAACUGUCUCGGUCUCAAAGGCCGAACCGCAUAGAAAGCGGACAACAAAACCGUUGUGUCAAACAAUAGCACCCGAAGAGAAGCGGCAAAUAAUUGGCGACACAUUUGUUCACAUAUCCGAUGAUUUAAUUAAAGCACUGAAACUAAAGCCCGACGAAGUCCUCUUAGGUCAGGGAACCCUUCGGCCCGAUCUCAUCGAGAGUGCGUCUGCGUUGGCUUCGGGUAACGCCGACGCCAUUAAAACACAUCAUAACGACACAGAAUUAGUCAGACAACUGAGAGAGAAGGGACGGGUAGUCGAACCGCUCAAAGACUUUCACAAAGACGAGGUCAGAAUACUCGGCCGAGAUCUGGGACUGCCAGCAGAUCUCGUCCAAAGGCAUCCCUUUCCAGGUCCGGGACUCGCCGUUCGUAUAAUCUGUGCCGACGAACCCUUUAUGGAGAAAGACUUCUCUGAGACCACGAGUUUAGUGAAAGUGAUUGUCUCCUACACCGAGUCUCUGCAUAAGAAACACGCACUCAUUAGUAAAGUUCAAAACGCUGUCGAAGAAGAAGACCAAAAGUUUUUGCUUCGGUUUUCGGAAACCUAUGGCUUUAAGGCAACUCUACUGCCGAUCAGAAGUGUCGGCGUUCAGGGCGACUGUCGGUCGUACAGCUAUGUUGUCGGCCUCUCGGAGACCGACGCCAAGAGAGCCGAUAACGAGACCAAGAAGUUCGAAGAUCUGAGCGUUUUAGCGAAACUGAUUCCUCGAAUCUGCCAUAACAUCAAUAGAGUCUGUUAUAUAUUCGGCGAUGAAGUGAAACAUCCGGUCCACGACAUCACUCACACAUGUCUAACGCCACACGUGUUAUCCCAACUGAGAGAAGCCGAUAGUAUUGCCACCAAAACGCUGAUGGCUAAGGGAUACGGAGGCGCCGUCUCUCAGAUGCCUGUAAUCCUUAUUCCAAUCCAUUUCGAUAGAGACGUGGCGUCGACGAAGCCGUCGUGUCAGCGAUCCGUUGUCAUCAGGACUUUCAUCACCGAAGACUUUAUGACAGGCGUUCCCGCAAUACCUAAUCGACACAUACCAAUAGAGGUUUUUAGACAAAUGGCGACAGAGAUAGAGACGAUUACCGGAAUAUCUCGAGUGCUUUAUGACUUGACCCCCAAACCCCCCGGAACUACUGAAUGGGAAUAAUUGAUAAUCAAUUCUUAAUUAAUUUUUUGUCCAAAAAACUGAAUGAAGUG